AUGAGUUCAUCGUCGAAUAAUAGCCAUCACGGAAGUAGCAGAGGCCACACAAGAAUGCAUAGCGCAACCUCGUUCAUAGACGUGAACAAGGGAUUCAAUCCUCGUUCCGCUCUCACCGAAGAACAAAAUGAAAUUCUCAACGAUUUCAUUAAACGAGUUGACUAUGACAGACUCACCGAUAGAGAGAGAAGAUUCUUGGAUGAAGCUGCUCUUAUUCGUUUUCUGAGAGCUCGAGAUUAUGACAUAAAUAAGGCUGAAAAGCUAAUGAACACUUGCCUGGAAUGGAGAAGAUCAUUCAAACCUGACGAAAUCACGGCAGAGGAAGUCGAUUCGGAAGCCUCGUCCGGAAAGCUCUUUCAGAGAGGAUUUGAUAAGAUGAAUAGACCUAUUGUUUACAUGUUCCCAGCUCGAGAGAAUUCUACUGAUUAUGAAAAGAAUAUCAAAUUACUUGUUUAUACUUUAGAAAGAGCUGUUGAUGCAAUGCCAGAAGGAGUUGAGCAAAUGUGUUGGAUCAUUGAUUUUAAUGGGUAUUCAACGAGAAAUUCUCUUCCAUUAAGCGUUGCCAAACAAACACUCAAUAUCUUGAAUGACUGCUAUCCUGAAAGAUUAGGAGCGUGUUUUAUGGUUGACACGCCAUUCAUCUUUAAUAUCUUCUGGAAGGCUAUUUCUCCAUUCAUCAAUCCUGUAACAAAGAACAAGAUUCAUUUCGUUAACGGCAAGGAUAUAGAGAAGGCCAAGAUCUUUGGUAAAUAUAUUGAUCUUGCUCAAAUCGACACCACGUGGGGAGGUACUUCCACUUUUACCUACGAUCACAAAAUAUUCUGGGGUAAUGUUAUGGAAAUUGAUAAGCAUAGAAUCAAAAGGUUAGGUCUCCAUGUGUCAUCCUCCAGUACGGAACAAAUCGUUGAGGAGAAAAAGUUUGAGUCACAUCACGCCACUUCUGAACAACAACAACACCAGACAAUCUAA